GGGGCAGCGCCUUGCCUCCAUCAGACAGGGUAAUAGCUCUCUCCACAGUAUUUAAAGCCAUUUUGCAGUGGUCAAGAGAACAUUUGGAUUGCUCAGCUCAACACCGGCGUCGCCCAAACACAGCCAUUCCCAAGGACAUCCGGGAAAGACUCAAACAAGCCGCCCCCAGCUGUGAAGAACUUAAUUGCUUCCCUCAACAGAAGGGCUUCAACCUCCAAACACUCUGUGGACUGGAAUACCCUCCUUGUGUUUUUCUGUGUUGAGCAACAGUGACAUAGACUGUAAAGCAGCUCCUGAUGAACUUCAGCAGGGACGUGGCCCGGCAGAACAGUUGUUAUACAUAUGUAAUAGAAGAUGAGGAUCCAGCCCUGGCAAGAUUAAAUGUGUUUGAGUUGGCUGAGAAGGGUGACCUGGCACUGCUGGAGAGCCUGGUGAGGAAAAACCCAGAGGUCCUGAGUGAGAGAGAUGAAUCUGGAGCCAGUCCCCUUCAUCACGCUGCUGCAGGGGGCCAUGUCACCUUCAUCCAAUUCAUCACCACGUUCAUUGACUCAGAGGGGGUGAACAGCUGUGACUGGCAGGGCAGUGUGCCCCUCCACUGGGCAGUGGAGAGGAACCAGGCUGAGAGCUGCAGGGCUCUUAUGGACCUUGGGGCCAACCCAAACAUCCUGAACAUGGCCCUCAUGUCCCCUCUCCACCUGGCCGUCAGCCAUGGGCACAACAACCUAGUGGAGCUGCUGCUGUCCUACAGUGCUACAGACUGCAACCUGCAGGGAGACCUUGGGAACACUCCUAUGAUGCUGGGCUGCUCCAUCAAUAACUGUGAGGCUCUAAGCAUACUGCUGAAGCAUGGAGCACGGCUCUGCCAGCAGAAUAAGCUGGGCCAUUUUCCCAUCCAUGCAGCUGCCUUCGCAGGAGCAAAGAAAGCCAUGGAAGUAAUCCUGAAGGCCGGGGAGGAGGUAGGCCACACAACUGAGGGCCACAUCAACUAUCAAGACAAGUCCAUGAGCAGUCCCCUCCAUCUGGCUGUACGUGGGGGGAACAUUGACGCCAUUCGCCUCUGCAUUGUAACUGGGGCCAAAAUUGACCAGCAACAGGUUGACCGGUCCACAGCGCUCCAUUUCGCCUGCACCCAGGGUGCUACUGAGGUAGUCAAACUGAUGCUCUCCUCCUACCAUCCAGUGGAAGACAUCAUCAACCUGCCUGAUGGGGCGUGUCAGACCCCUCUGCACAGGGCCACUAUAUUUGACCACACAGAGGUGGCAGAGUAUCUAAUUUCUUUGGGUGCAGACAUUAACAGCGUAGAUUGUAAGGGUAACACUCCCUUGCUGCUGGCUACGAGCUGUGGAGCAUGGAGAGUUGUGGCUCUUCUGCUGUCAAAGGGGGCAAAUGUAAAUGUGAAAGACAAAUCUGGUUGCAACUUCCUUCACCUCGCCAUCUUACAGCCCAAGGGUCUGAAAAAUCUCACAGAAGAAGUGCUGCAGCGUAGCAGCGUGAAGGCGUUGCUGAGCUGCGAGGACAACGAGGGCUGCACCCCCCUCCACUACGCUUGCCGACUGGGUAUCCAUCACUCAGUAAAGAACAUGCUGGGCCUCUCAGGGCAGCUAUGCCUCGCACUCAAGUCCAAGGACAAGAAGUCUGCGCUGCACUUUGCUGCCCAGUACGGACGCAUCAAUACCUGUCAUCGAUUACUGGAGACCAUGAAAGACUCUCGUCUGGUGAAUGAAGGGGACGAACGGGGCCUGACACCACUGCAUCUGGCCUCAGCUGGGGGUCACACCAAGGUGGUGGAGCUUCUGCUGCGCAAAGGCGCUCUCUUUCACUGUGAUUAUAAAGGCUGGUCCUGCCUGCACCACGCUGCAUCUGCAGGAUACACACAAACGAUGAACAUUCUUCUGUCUGCCAAUGUCAAGUUACUGGACAAAACAGACGAGGAUGGGAACACAGCGCUCCACAUCGCAGCAAGAGAGGGACAUGUAGCGGCGGUCAAGCUCAUGCUGUGUAAGGGGGCGGAGCUUGUCCUAAACAAGAACCAUACAUCAUUCCUCCAUGAAGCCCUGCAGAAUGGGAGGAAGGACGUGGUCAAUGCUGUCAUUGACAGUGAAAGAUGUGCCGAGGCUUUGAAAAUGUUCAAGCACGGCGCUCCCCAGAAGUGUCCGAUACUAGCAAUGAUUGAGAUUCUUCCAGAGACCUUCAAGCAUCUAUUGGACCGCUGUGUGAGGGAGUCAGAUGACGAUCCCAACAGCCCUGAUUACAGUAUUGAAUACAAUUUCAUGUGGCUCCAGGCUCCCAUUGCAUACAUGAAGAAUUCAAAAACUGACAAUGCUGUGAAGAUUCAGCCACUAGUUGCACUGAAUGCAAUGGUGCAGUACAACCGCAUUGAGCUCCUCAACCACCCCGUCUGCAGGAAGUACCUGGAAAUGAAAUGGUUGGCGUAUGGGAGUAAAGCUCAUUUCCUCAACAUGUUUAUUUACCUGCUGGGGCUGCUGCCCUUAACUUACCUUAUAGUGACUCUGAGGCCCACUUUGGACACUAGUCAAGGCAACCACAAUAUCACCAUGGUGCCCAUAAAUCUUAGACAGCAAAAUGUGGUUCGCACCAUCUGCAUGGCGAUGGUGCUGGUCAUGAACAUCUAUGCCAUAGGGAAAGAAGUGGUGCAGAUAUCACAACAGGGCUGGAAUUACUUGAAGGACUAUUCCAACUCAUGCGACUGGUUUGCAGCCAUCUUCUCUCUUUUGUUCGUCAUUCCGCUCUUUCUCAGCGCCGACGGUUCUUUACAUUGGCAAGCAGGGGCAAUGGCAGUUUUCCAGUCCUGGGUUGGCUUUCUCCUUUAUCUCCAGAGGUUUGAGCACUUUGGCAUUUAUGUUGUGAUGUUUGGGGAGAUCAUGAAGACACUGGUCCGUAUUGUGAUGCUGUUCCUGUUCCUGAUGGUAGCUUUCAGUUUGGCUUUCUAUGCCUUGAUGCUCAACCAGAGGGAGUUUAAGACAGUGGAGCUCUCAUUGGCGCAGACUUUUGUGAUGAUGGUUGGGGAACUGAACUACCAAAACAACUUCCUGGAUGCUCUCCUCAGCGAAAACCUUCCCUUCCCUGGCCUGACAUACUUCAUUUUUAUUAACUUUGUUCUGCUCAUGCCAAUUUUGCUGGUGAACUUGAUGAUUGGUUUAGCCGUCGGAGACAUUGCUGAGGUACAGAGAAAUGCUUCCCUGAAGAGAAUAGCCAUGCAGAUUGACCUCCACACCGCUCUGGAAGACAAGCUGCCUUAUUGGUUUAUGAAACGAGUCGACAAACCCUUCAUCACCAUCUACCCCAACCGCAAGUGCUCCAGGACCUACAUAAAACUUCUAAUGUUCUGGGAUGAUGAAGACACGAGAGUAAUCCAGCGCCUGCAGACCAGCUCACACAACUGCACUCCCAUAGACAUUGAGCUCCAAAAGCAGAAGAACAGGCUGAAGGAGAUGUCAAGCAUGCUGGAGAAGCAGCACAACCUCCUGAAGCUCAUCAUCCAGAAGAUGGAGAUCACCUCAGAGGCUGACGAGUACGACGGCCCUGUGCCCAUCAGAGGGAGCAUGUGGUCAAGCCUGAGUCAGAGAACAUCGAGAUAUCAGAGAGUGUCUAGAUGGGUCCCGCUGAUGAAGGCCAUUGAAGCCAAGAGAAAGUGAGCAGGAUAAAAUAAAUCUUUGCUUUAUAGUAACCACAAGUGUCCAAAUCCUGCAAGGGGAAUUAUCACUACAUUAUAAAUUCUGUGUUUGUGGUAAAUGAUAUGAACAUAUUACUAUACUUUAUUGUACUUCAUUAUACAUUUAUUCAAAUGCUGCUGCUUAAACUAAUUCCAGAGGGUGUGCUACUAUCUAAACUUUCUGAUGCAAUCUGGUUGUAUCAAUAUAAUCUGAAUGAGUUAAAUUGUCUAGACUGUGGCCCUAGUUUAGAAAACUUUGCAUUUGUUGGUAUCGUUUUUGCAAGCCUGAAAAAAGGAAUGAUUUUUCAAUAAAGACAUUUCCCACAGGAAAAAAAAACGGUACUAGCCAUUUCAUCUUAGUAAACAGUAAUUUUCUUGCUGUAGGUCCAGUACAGCAUUGCUUAUUUGUGCUAUGUGUGCAGUUUUAGCCAUAUAUCUGCGCUUUGCUCACACAGUUGCUGUGUUACAGUAAUGUAUCUGUCUUCUGGUGUAACAUUUGAACAUAAUGGGAAACUACUGUCUGCAUUUGUGAAGUAAGUUAAGUGUCUGUUUCUGAA